CGUUACGAAGAACGGGAGGGCACAAUACACGUACCAGACAUCGUACGAUAUGAAUCAUUUUCAUUUCAACAACCGCGAACUGCAGGGCGCCUGUCAUUGUGAAAUAAUGGAUUUUAUCUUGGACAAACCAUGGACAAACUGUCCCACUUUCUGCUGAGAAUUUGAACACUUUGGAAGACCACAAUGGAACAGCUUCUUCUCGUCAUCCUUGGCGUCACUUUGACGCCGUUUAUGUUUCUGGUUUUGCUGAUCGUUGUGCCGGGUUGUUUUGGAUUGUCGCUCGGAUUACGGCACCUGUACAUCAACUUUUUACUUCGGAUGUUUGAGCUUGGAAACAAAAUCUCACAAACGCCGACUGCAAAGGAAACACACUUUGAUUUUGGGGAUGAGGAGGAAAAUGACGAUGAAGUUGAAAAAAGUGAUGACGAGAAGACAGUUGUGCCAAAUGUAAACUCUGCCAAUGAACUGAUUCAUAAGGAAUCCACUAAGCAUCUGGCUCACGGCAUCAAGCAGAGGGUCACCAACGGCAAGCUCAACUGGUCCCCUGAAGAGUUCCAGCUGUCGGACGUCUGCUACUUCACCAAGAAGGGGGUCGAGGCUAUUAUUGACGAUGAGGUGACAAAGCGUUUCACUGCAGAGGAGUUACCAUCGUGGAAUUUGCUGACGAGAACCAGCAUGCGUUACCAGUACCUCAAUAUUCGUCUGACGUUGCUCUGGAUGGCAGGUUUUGUGUUUCGAUACUUUUUGCUUUUACCUGUUAGAUUGGCCGUCACCAUCAUCUGUAUGCUGUACCUGUUGGUGUCCUCUGCUUUCCUCGGAUAUCUCCCAGAUUCAAGAUUGAAACAGAUAGUCAACAAGUACAGCUCCCUGACACUCCAUCGCAUGUUCUGCCGAUGCUUCUCAGCCAUUAUCACAUUCCAUAACAAAGAAAACCGAGCCAAGGGAGGGAUUUGUGUGGCCAAUCACACCUCACCAAUCGACAUAGCCAUCUUGAGUUUCGACAAUGUCUACGCAUUUAUUGGCCAGCUGCACAGCGGUUUUAUGGGGAUGGUCCAGCGUGCCAUGAGUCGCACGGGUACCGACCACAUCUGGUUUGAGCGGUCCGAGAUGCGCGACAGGAAGAAAGUCACAGAGAGGUUGCGAGAGCAUGUGAACGAUCCCAACAAGUUACCCAUCUUGAUCUUUCCUGAAGGAACGUGCAUAAACAACACCUCUGUCAUGCAGUUUAAAAAAGGCAGUUUUGAGGUCGGCGGCACCAUCUGGCCGGUAGCUAUAAAGUACAAUUCCAACUUUGGGGAUCCGUUCUGGAACAGCAGCAAGUAUUCAAUGGUCCGGUACCUGCUCAUGAUGCUGACUAGCUGGGCCAUUGUGUGCGAUGUCUGGUAUCUGCCUCCCAUGGUCAGAGGGGAGGAUGAGGAAUCCAUUGAUUUUGCUAACCGAGUCAAGGCAGCCAUCGCUAAGCAAGGCGGACUUCUUGAUCUUACCUGGGAUGGCCAAUUGAAGAGGACUCGCGUGAAAAGCAUCUACAAAGCUAAAGAGCAGGAAGAAUAUAGCAAGAUGAUCAAGACAGACUGAACUCCUAAAAAAAAAGGGGGAAAUGACGAAGAAUCAGUAGUUGGAGAAAAUGGCUACAUUCUGAUAUUUGCUUGUCCUCAAGAGCAGACUUUUAAUCAAGUAAAUCACUAGUCAAGUCACAGCUGAUUAACAAAGAUAAGAAUGGUCUUUGUCUCAGUUAAUUUGAAUAGCUCAACAAUGAUGACUUGUGAGAACUUGACGUGAACUGCGCUUACAAGCGUAUCAAUGUGAGCAACACUCCACGUCAGAUUGUAUAUUGUAUAAAUUGGUGUGAUAAAAAAA